AUGGCGACAGCCUCUACUGCAAAAAUUGUUGACCCGCUGAAAAAGGAACGAUCUAAAACAUUCCAGUCAUUCCAAGGAAGCCAAGGGAAAGCAUAUUUAUUCAAUUCAGUUGUAAAUAUUCGAUGUGGACCGGCUGAAGAAAGACUUCUUCUGACGGGACUUCAUGCAGUUGCCGAUAUAUACUGUGAAUGUUGCAAAACUACGCUUGGAUGGAAAUAUGAACAUGCUUACGAAUCUAGCCAAAAAUAUAAGGAAGGGAAAUUUAUUAUUGAGUUAGCACAUAUGGUCAAAGAUAAUGGUUGGAACAAUCGUGAUUACAAGCGAAACAACAGUAUUCAUUGA